GAUCAAACACAUUCACUUAACAUUCAUUUUCGAAUCCAUUCUCUCUUUUCAAAGAAAAACCAAUCACUCACUACCAUCAAAAUGAAGUUCUCAAUCAUCACUCUCAUCGCUUGCGCUGCUAUUGCACAAGGAGCUGCUCUUCCACAAGCAGCAGCCACAACUUCAGCUGAUGCCCCAAUCUCCACUGCUCCCAACAGUGUUAUUGCUGAUUCCACUGAAACCCACUUCAGUGGAGUAUUUGAUGCCUCCGGAUCAUUGGUCGCUAAGGUUGACGAUGAGCCCACACAAGAGCUUCAAAAGCGUGUUGGCGCAGUUGCAGUUGUGCUUGGAAUCGCCGCCGUUAAGGGCGUUGCCAUUCUGACCAAGAUCGCCGUUGAGAUUGGUAGCCAGACCAUUGCGAACCUUGGAAAGUGGAAUGAUGCCCGUGAGACAUUCACUCAAACAACCACCAAAGAAAUGUGGGCCAGAAACCCAGAUUACAACAAAUACCCUGCUGUUGUCUGCUACAACAAGGGCUAUUCUCUCAAGAAUGCUGCUGGUGUCACCGGAAAAGUCAGUGCUAAGCUUUCUCUUGGUAUGCUCAACACCGAUUACGACUGCAUGUACAUGACUGGAAACAACCAAUUCUAUACUCAUUCCGAGGGUGGAUACAUCAAUCUUUCCUACAGAUAUAACAACCGCUGCUCGUUCGACCAAAAGAGCGGUGACUUGUCCUGCAACUAGAGAGCUUUCAAGCAUCUAGUUUUCGACACAGCAGUUCGGAAAGGAUCAAUCAAAAGCUGGUUCCAUUGGGGACCUGCCACCAGACAUGUGCGCUAGGUGGCCACCUAGUUCCUCGUCUUAUUUUCAUAUCUCUGUCAUCAUUGGGUGUUUGGGACGUUCAGAAUUUGUUUUCCUGUUUAUGCUUGUAAUGUUAGUGCCUAGUUAGUUGAAUUGAGCUCUUUUCCAAAAACCA